AUGCAGCGCAAAUACAGUCGAAUGCGCGAAACCCUCUUCGAUCUCUACACUGAACGAGACGCCCUCCCGUGGUAUUACAGAACAAUCGCGCUGGUUUCCUCUUGGCUCGCGGCAGCAGGCUACAUCUUUUUCGCUCUCACUUUCACCUCUUCUGAAUCUAAUAUUAAAACGACGCGCACCGCCCUUACUGCCGUCGCGUCAGUCUCCCUCCUCGUCGGAUAUGGUGUUAUCGCAGGAGUCGCCUUUUUUAGCCGCAGCCUUCUUUUCGUCUUCGAUGCCGUCCUCCUACCGAUAUUGACCUCUUCGUUCCUCGGCGUUUUCAUCACGGUCAUGAACCAUGUUCUCCAUAAAGACUUCCCUAUUCCAUCUCAGGUUUAUAUCUACGUUCCGCUUGUGACUGCUUGCUCAACCACGAUUGCUUCAGCAGUACUCAGCUAUGUCGCAUACAGAAAAAUAGACAAGAUAAAGAGCUUGGAUCGGCAAAGGCGACAACACGUUCACAGAUGGGAGAGAGGUUCCUAUGUUAGUUACGGAGAUGCGACAUCGACCACCGAGCUGUCGCCCAUGCAGCCACAGCUCCCCGAAGACGAAGCACAACGUCGGCAACUUCUACGACUUUUGCUUACUCGAGAAUCGACCGAAUCUCCUGGGAGAAGCGGUGCUCAAAACACGUAUCAAAUCACUUUGCCUGGCGAAGAUCUAGGUCAUGAUGGAUUGCCCCUCGCUUCACUCGGUUCUCGACCUCGAAGUGGAAGUUUUCCCAACUCUUCCAGUAAGUGGAACUUAGUGAGCAGAAUUACCCGGGAUCGAAGCCCCACCGUGGAAAGUUUCAAAAAUCCUCGAGAACGUCGACGUGAUGAGAUCGAACGGGCGUCGAUUCUCCUCACCCCGCGGACUGACAGUGGAUGGGCUCAAACACCAGGAGCGUCUUAUCAAUCUCCUUCCUCUCAAACUUGGGGUAGUUCCGCGAGAUAUGCUUAG